AGGAAACGUCUCCUUGGUAUCGUCACCCUCCCUGUUACCCUCUGAGGCGUCCACAAUUCAGUUGUGGUGGAGCUCUGCGGCUCUUUUCGGCAUGCUCGACAUAGCAGCCAACCAGCAGGCAGGUUCGCGUUCCAAAUAACACACAGCGUAGGAAAAAGUAGCUAUUUCCGAGGGAUAGUGGCUACUGUCUGCCGCCGGACCCGAACGAGAUAAGGCUUCCGUCCUCUCCUUGCUCACUAUCGCGCAGGGUCCUUGACGUCUUACAUCAUUCCCCUGCAUCUUGACGCCAGCCGAGAUGAAUAGCACAAGGCCGCUUAAAGCGACCGUCAACUGCGAUAUGGGUGAGGGCUUCUCACUCUAUACGAUGGGCGACGACGAGAAUCUCAUGAAGACCAUACACCUGGCAAACAUAGCCUGCGGGUUUCAUGCUUCUGACUUCUCCGUUAUGAAUAAGACCGUCCUCCUUGCCAAACUGAAUGGUGUUCUGGUGGGAGCGCACCCCUCGCUGCCAGAUCUACAGGGCUUCGGCAGGCGUGAGAUGGCCAUCGAACCCGACGAGCUCGAGUCGUGCUUCACUUACCAGGUGGGAGCGCUUGAUGGCUUCCUGAAGCGACACGACCUCUCCUUGAACCAUAUCAAGCCGCACGGCUCUAUCUACGGGCAGACGGCACGGUCGCUCGACCUUGCUAGGGCCGCUGUCAGGGUCUGUACGACAUUCAAAGGCUCUGCUGCGCACGAUUGCGGUGUCGCGUUUAUGGGUCUUGCAGGAACAGCUCACCAACAAGCUGCGAAUGAACUCGGCGUUCCUUUCAUUGCGGAGUGGUUUGCGGACCUUGAUUACAAUGACGAAGGGAAAUUACUGAUAACCAAGAAACACGAUCCCGUCCCUGAGGAGGUUGUGCGAAAACGAGUCCGCAAUCUCCUCGAUCUGCACAAGGUCACCACUGUAGGUGGAAACCUGCUGCCAAUCGGCGAGGGUGUAUCCGAGGUGUCCAUUUGCUGCCACUCCGACACGCCUGGCGCCGUCGAGAUCGCGCAAGCUGUGAAGGCCGAAGUUGACGCAAGCAACCGGCGGGGUGCGCAGUCGAUGGGUUCUGAACCUUGAUCGUAAAGCUUGAUGAAAGAAGAGACGAAGACAAACAGCACGCCGACAUAGGCACGCUCUGUCUAACAAUAGGCUCUCUUUGAAACGAAGGACUGCUUUUUGGUGAGGCAUCGAUGACUGGUCUACACAGAUGCCAGAAAUCGAAUGGGUUUGAGAGGUCGAAGCAGCGACAAGGCUUCCCUUGAAAC